GCGAGGAAGAGGAAGAUGGCCCGGGAGCCCCAGGCAGACCAGGAGCUGAGGGCAGAGACCAGGGAGGACAAAUCCCCACAGCAGAACCUUGUGGAUGAGGCCAUUUUGAGCAGCUCCACAGCACAGGAAUCCAACGGGGAGGAAACGUCCUGGGGAACCCGUACGAGGAGGGGCUGCAAACGCAGAUCACGGGGAUCUGAGGAGGAAAGACCCACCCAGGGCCAGGAAGGCGGCCGGAGCUCAGAGCUGGGGGUCCAUGAGCAGGUUCAGGAUGGGGAGAAGCCCCACAAGUGCUCAGAAUGUGGGAAGAACUUCAGCAAGAGAUCCUCCCUGAUCCGCCAUUGGAGAAUCCACACUGGGGAACGGCCCUACGAGUGUGGGGAGUGUGGAAAGAGCUUCUUCGAACACAGCCUGCUGAUUGUCCACCAGAGGAGCCACACCGGGGAGAAGCCCUACAAAUGUGAUAAAUGCAGGAAGAGAUUUCAGAUCAGCUCCACUCUCGUCAGGCAUCAGCGGAUUCACACAGAUGAGAGGCCCUUUCUCUGCCCCGACUGCGGGAAAGGAUUUAACCGUAAUUGCACCCUCAUCAGGCACCGGCGCAUCCACACCAGGGAGAGGCCCUACAAGUGUCCUGAGUGUGGGGAGAGCUUCUCCCACAGCACUCAGUUGACCAGACACCAACAGAGCCAGCACUAAGGGCAGCCCUGCAAGUGCCCUGAGGGCAGGAAGAGCUUCCUGUGCUGCUCCAGCUCCAUCCCUCACUAGAGGAUCCUUGCUGGAUGAUCCGCAGUGAGCCAUGAUGGGCAGAGCCCUGGUGACCCAUGGCGCCGGUGAUCAGUGUUGGGAAGACACCUGGCUGGAGGGCUCCACAUCCUCCUGCCUCCCUGUGGGCACCUGCACACAUUCACAGCCCAACACAGAAAUCCAUUGUGGAGAGUGGAUUGGUCAACUUCUGACUGCAGAAAAAUCUCACUUUUUCAUCAUCUAGUGGCGUUGAGCAAUACUGGAUAGCCUUGCAGGUCUUCUCCUACAUAAAUCCAGUCUUUUAGUUCUCCAUGGCCCACGGCUGUCUUUCACAGCCAAAUGAAGACAGACUGGGGCAAAACCCCUGAUUUUGGAGACAGUGGGAUGGAAACCCCUCCAAAAAAGGUUCUUUCCACCCACCCAAGCACAUGGAUGCUCUGCUGGCAGGGACAUGUAAAUAAUUUUGUUUUGGCCUUGAUUUUCUUUUCUUUUCUGUUCAUCCCUUUGAAACUCUUGAAACUGGGGUAAAAAUAAAGACAUUGAACUAAACAUGGAUGGGGGCAUGGGAUGACAAUGACAUGGGUGGGGACAAGGGGGGACAUGGAAAUAGGUGGGGACAUGGGUGACCCAGACAUAGGUGGGGACAUGAGAGGACACAGACAUGUGGGUGAUGCCCUAAGUUUUAGCUUUCAUAUUUUUUGGAUUCUAUACUGCCUUGUGUGUAACUCUGAACUGUGUAUGAAUUGUUAGUAAGUUCUCUUCACGGGGUAGUGAGACAAAACCAUCUUUUUCCAGCUUGAGAAUCCAAGGACAUCUGUUACGGCCUUAGACCCAAAAAGCAUAAACAGUGAGUUGAAGGGAGAAGACAAGGAGGAUGGGGCUUCAUAACCUGAAGUUAUAAUUGGACAACUAACCCCAGUAUGUAAAUAGUUAUUUACCAAACCAUUAUUUAUGAAAGUGUGAAAAACUUAUAAAAGUGUGAAAACUUGUGACUGGUGGUCCAUGUUGUGUCCAUCUUGGGCAGAGCCCCGGCCAGGCUCUUGUACUGCCCAAGGCAUAUCCUUUAUAGGCCUUUUAAUAAACACCUGCUUUACUCCUUUAA